CGUCAGGUCCUGCCUUGUACAGAGGAGCCAUGAACCCCAGAACACGCGUUCUGGGGUUCAUGUUUUCAUGAUGUUUGAUCAGUCACGUUCCGUUUUCGUAUUGUUCAUGUUCGUGAAAUUUGUUAAAUUGCUUUGCAAAAAAAUGCUCUUCUACUUGUUAAAAGCCAAAUCCUUUCAUGUAAGGAUGAUUUUUACAUGUCAUGUAUGUUAGCUCACACAAACACUCCAUCGGUUCAUUGCCCGGCCCCCUCUGUCAAAUUUUAGAACCCACUGUGGCCCGCGAGUCAAAAGGUUUGCCGACCCCCUGCUUCAGAGGUUACAUUGCACAGAAGGUGCAAUGAGAUUGGGAGGCUGAUAUGUUCCACUUCUCUCAGGAUUUCCUUUGAAUCAUGAAAUGAUGUAAUCAACUCGUUAGUACCCUGAGGGGCUUAUCGGAAGCCCUCACCCACAGUGUUCUGUCUGCACCCUGAUGAUGUGACCUGCUUCAAGCGACACCCCACAGGCUCCCAAUAACGAAUGAAUACCUCGGAAAUGACAAACAAACAGUCACCACAAGGCUUCUAAACAGAGAUAAGGGGUCCUCGUGUUGCACCUGCGGCCAUUCUGCUGACUCAUGUCUUUCCCCGGUCAGACCACAUCCUUUCAGCCACGUAUAAAGACAAGUGUGUGAUUCGACUUUCAGAUCCUUCUGCGUUUCUCAAAGAAAGCGAGAAGAAGAAAUGUUCCGCCUGAGGGAUUUCGUUGUUUUUAUCUCCGGUGUGGUCGUCAUCGUCCAGCCAAGUCAUGCUUCUGAGAUCAUCGGUGGGACAGAAGUGGAGCCCCACUCGCUGCCUUUCAUGGCCCUGAUAGAUCCCCCGCUCUGUGGGGGGAUACUGAUCCACCCAUCAUGGGUCCUCACUGCAGCCCACUGCAAAAAGUUACACAAUAAGCAGGUGCUUCUUGGGGUGCACUCCAUAAAGGAAGAGCAAAAAGAAAAGGACGACAGGCAGGUCCGCAAGGUUAAGAAAAGUUUUGCUCAUCCUUGCUAUGAUGCAACAGAAAAUGUCAAUGAUGUCAUGCUGCUCCAGCUCCAAAAACCGGUGAAGCCAACCAAGACGGUCCAAGUUCUCCUGUUGGGAGAAGUUGCCAAAGACCCGGCGGCCGGCACCAGCUGCCGGGUGGCCGGAUGGGGGACAAUCAAAAACAAAGGCCCGAUGUCGGAUGUCCUGAGGGCCGCCAACGUGACUGUGAUCGAUCGGGAGAAGUGCAACUCCCCAGACUAUUACGGCCUAAAACCCGUCAUCACCCUCGGCAUGAUAUGUGCCGGCUCGCACGGUAGCAAGAGGGUCGACACCUGUCAGGGGGAUUCAGGAGGCCCACUUUUGUGCGAUGGAGCUCUAGUCGGUGUCACGUCUUUUGGAAAGGAGUGUGGCAUCCUCAAAAAACCCGGAGUGUACUCUUACCUGUCAGAAAAAAUGCUUGAGUGGAUCAAAAAGACCAUGAAAAAGUAACUGUUAAUAACUGUACUUCUGCAUUUCUUUGUUUUUAUUUCAAAUCCACCUUACUGUCCUACUUUUGCCUAUAUCCGAAAGAGAUUCACAUUAUUUUUUCUAAAGCUGUUAUGUUAAAAAAAAACGAGGAAUCCAUCAGGUCAUAGACAUUGUCCAUCAUGCCUCUCAUUAGUUAAAACAUGCAUUAGUUAAAACAUGCUGACGUCUUGUCAUUUCGUGCAAGCAUAAAUCACUCAAACAUUUAGGCUAAAUGUGGCUUUUCUGCGUUACAAAUACAUAAUAUCAUAAAACUGACAGACUGUUCACUGAACAUCGUCUUUUACACCUAAACAAUUUCAGUGAUCAAAGGUAAAACGAUUAUCACACACCAAAGAGUUUAACAGCAAAACACAAAAGUGGCAUUAUGCAACCGUUAAACCCGAGAGAUUCACCACUUCCUGCAUCAGAAGCCUAAAUUGACUCUUUGGGUUUUGGACAAAGUCUUAGCUCUGAAUGUCUCACCGUAAUGGUGAUAUAAAAAAGCUUGUGUUUGUCUGUCGUCCUGCAAUGUACAAGAUGUUCAAACGCUUGAUACAUGGGAAAAUGACAAUGUUGUUCACGCUUUCUGCUCAAUAAAUCACCAAAAACCAAAGAAA